UUAAUUUAUGUAAACAAUUCCACUUCUCAUGGACCUUGCCGCCGAAUCAAUCGUCUUUAAUUUCCAUUGAUUGCAUUGAAAGAAAAUUGCUUUUAAAUGAGUCAUAAUCUUGGCUAUCAUAAUUAAUUAUAUUGUAUUGCCGAUGAGUUACUCGGGUACUCUUUAGUAUGGAUAAAACUGUAGGAAGGGACAAACGGCUCAAGGACAAGCACCACAAAAAACCUCCCCCGGUAAAGUCAAGUCCUGGGAGACCGAAUAAACCCCAAAAGGAAGUCGUCCCCGCAUCAACACCAUUAAUAGUUUGUGAUGAUCCUUACUCGCGUCGCCCAAUUGAAUCAAACUGGAACAGUGGCAAGAAUCUUCCAUCAUCGGAAGGAAGUGACUCUGAAGACGAACAACUAAGAGCAGCCGAUUUCGAGAAGCUUCUGCAAAUGCCACCUUCUGUCAGCGGACACUUUUUUCUGAGCACUGAAAAACAUUGGAUCAACGAAAACGAAGAGCAAACCGUAUCCAAUAGUACGGACGCUCAGCAGUACUUCCAGAUCGACACCAAACAGCUGAUUUCUGGUUUGGCUACAAUUCCUUUCUACGAAAGAAACGAUUACCCGAGUCACAUCUUCUCCAAACAGGAGCUCGAUUCUAUGAAAUUGAAGGCUCAGUACGAAUCGAAAAAAUACGACGAACUUUGCCAGCGUUUGGAACUAAUCGAUAAAAUGGGUGACAAACAGCAGAUACCGAAGCAACCAAUCAAGUGCCUUAUUGGAGCAAACGCACUUCCUCCUAUGGGGGAAAAAGCUCUGGCGGAACCGGAAACUGUACCACCUCGACCGGUUCCAUGUUUGAUUGGACCAAUGUCGCUUCCUCCGGAACUUAGGAAUAAUACCAAUAUAAUUGGAGAUUCUCCUGCUCUCAAUCCAGGGCUCAUAACGGAACGGCUUGGCGCAGUUAGAUUAUCUAGCGGUGAUACCGUACCUAUUGGAAGUGGCGAAAACCAACCGGGGGCGUCAGAAGGGACGAAGUGUAAUGACAAUGAUGCACCACAAGGACCACAAGGCAAGACAAAAGCAGUUGGAAAAGAUACGAAGGAAGACAUCCAACAGUGGCUGGACGACAUUUUAGAUAUGUAGGUAAGACUUAUCUCAGUAAAUUGAUUGUAUUGUUAAAUGUGGUUGCAUGUUUGGAAAGAACGCACCUUGAAUCAGUUGUUUAUCUAUCACUUAAGCAGACGGAACAAGUUGAUGAUGAUAUUUCA